AUGAGUUUGAUGAAGUCACACUGGGAACAAGAACAAAGAAAUUCAGGAAGUGCUGGUUCACCAUCUCAUACUCAGCCGCUUUAUCAGACUCAUCUUACAGUGAGUUUGAAAAAGGAUUUCUUGCUGGGCAGUGGUGUCUUACCAGAUGACAAAUUUACCCUCCUCUGCAAGGUGAGCAUACUCCAAGACUCCUUCAGCAUCUCUGGACAGAACCCAAGACCUGCAAUCAAGGUUCCAAGGUGCACAUUGGAAGAUAACGUAGGGGAGCUGUGGGAGAAUUCCCUCUUCACAGAGGUAGCUGGCCAUGAAUUCAGGGCUCACAAGGUCAUCCUGGCAGCUCGCUCUCCAGUUUUCAGAGCCAUGUUUGAACAUGAAAUGGAGGAGAGACUAACAAACCGUGUUGAGAUCCCUGACCUGGAUCCCCAAGUCUUCAAGGUGAUGAUGGGCUUCAUCUACACAGGGAAGGUGCUACACCUCCACAGCCACUCCAUGGCCUGUGAUCUGCUGGCAGCUGCUGACAGGUAUGGCCUGGAGGGCUUGAUGGUCAUGUGUGAGGAUGCCCUCUGCAGGAACCUCUCUGUGGAGAAUGCUGCACACACUCUCAUCGUGGCUGACCUCCACAGCACAGAGCAUCUGAAGACUCAGGCCCUGGAUUUCAUUAUAGUUUAUGCUUCCGAGGUCUCUAAGACCUCAGGGUGGAUGUCAAUGAGGGGNUCACAUCCCCACUUGGUGGCUGAAGCAUUUCACUCUCUGGCUUCUGCACAGCAUGUUUUCUGGCCCUCCCUUUCAAACAACUUAAGUGGUCUUUAA